AAAACUUUUGCAUUGCGGGCGGACCAAGCGAAGUAAUGGUCGGGAGGCGCCGCCCACCCGCUUCGCGAUUUAUUAAAUAAAUAAAAUCUGAUUCUCGGUCUCGCGCUUCCUGCUCGCUCGUCGAUCCCCCUCUCUCUGUCUCCCCCGAUCUCUUGAGCGGUGAUGGCGGAGGGGAAGUCCACUAGUCAGACCGGAGCCUGGAGCACCGUCAAGCCCUUCGCCAAUGGCGGUCUCUCCGGCAUGCUCGCCACCUGCGCCAUCCAGCCCAUCGAUAUGGUCAAGGUGAGGAUCCAGCUGGGCCAGGGGUCGGCUGCUCAAGUGACGAAGAAUAUGCUUGCCAACGAAGGCUUCGGUUCGUUUUACAAGGGACUAUCAGCUGGUUUACUUAGGCAGGCUACUUAUACAACUGCGAGAUUGGGUUCCUUUAGAGUGUUGACAAACAAAGCUGUUGAGGCUAAUGACGGCAAACCACUGCCUUUGCUUCAGAAAGCCGCUAUUGGUCUUACAGCUGGAGCAAUUGGAGCGAGUGUUGGAAGCCCAGCAGAUUUGGCACUCAUCAGGAUGCAAGCCGAUGCGACUUUGCCUGCAGCUCAGAGAAGAAACUACAAAAAUGCUUUCCAUGCUCUCUACCGAAUCAUUGCUGAUGAGGGGGUUCUCGCUUUGUGGAAAGGUGCAGGUCCUACAGUAGUAAGAGCAAUGUCACUCAAUAUGGGUAUGCUUGCAUCGUAUGAUCAGAGUGUUGAGCUGUUCAGGGAUUCCCUUGGCUUUGGUGAAGUUAGCACCGUGCUUGGAGCUAGUGCUGUUUCAGGGUUCUUUGCAUCUGCUUGUAGUUUACCUUUUGACUACGUGAAAACACAAAUACAGAAGAUGCAGCCCGACGCCAAUGGGAAGUAUCCCUACACUGGAUCUUUGGACUGUGCGAUGCAGACCUUAAAAUCUGGUGGCCCUUUAAAAUUUUACACUGGAUUUCCCGUCUACUGUGUCAGAAUUGCUCCACAUGUCAUGAUGACGUGGAUUUUCCUGAAUCAAAUUCAGAAGUUUGAAAAGUCACUGGGCUUAUAGAAUUAUAGUUAUUGGAUACGUGCAACUUAAUUUAACUGUUUUCCUAUAAUAUAAUAUCUAUUGAAGUCAA